AAGAACGAAUCAGCUGGGAGCCCCGCUUUUCAGAAUGGAAGAUGAGCAGAGGGCAGACAUGAGUGAGGCCAACAAGGAUUCUCUGGAGAAAAUCCUUCCACAGCUGAAAUGUCAUUUCACAUGGAACUUACUUAAGAAAGACAGCGUCUCAGGUGAUCUAGAAGAUACAGUGUGUCACCAGAUUGAAUUCUUAAACACUGAGUCCAAAGCUACAAUGUACAAUUUCUUGGCCUACAUAAAACACCUGAAUGGCCACAGCGAGGCGGCGCUGGAGUGCCUGCGCCAGGCGGAGGAGCUGAUCCAGCGGGAACACUCGGAUCAAGUGGAAACCCGAAGUCUGGUCACCUGGGGUAACUACGCCUGGGUCUACUAUCACCUGGGCAGACACGCAGAUGCUCGGAUGUACGUUGAUAAGGUGAGACGAACCUGCGAGAAGUUUUCAAACCCAUACAGUAUCGAGUGUCCCGAACUUGACUGCGAAGAAGGGUGGACACGGCUCAAGUGUGGGGCAAAGCACAAUGAAAGGGCCAAGGUGUGUUUUGAGAAAGCUCUGGCGGAGAAGCCCAACAACCCAGAAUUCUCUUCUGGGCUGGCCAUCGCGACAUACCGUCUGGAUAAUAAACCACAGAAGCCAUUCUCCAUGGAUGCUCUGAAGCAGGCCCUUGAGCUGAAUCCCGACAAUCAAUACGUCAAAGUGCUCUUGGCCAUGAAAUUGCAGGCGAUGAAUGAAGAAGCUGACGGGGAGCGGUUGGUUCUGGAAGCCCUGGAGAACACGCCUUGCCAAACAGAUGUCCUUCGCAAUGCAGCCACAUUUUAUCAAAAAAAAGGUGAUCUAGACAAAGCUAUUGAACUGUUUCUAAGGGCAUUGAAAUUCAUUCCAAACAAUGGUUACCUCUAUCACCAGAUUGCAUGCUGCUAUAGGGCCAAAGUCAAACAAAUUCAGAAUACAGGAGAAUCUGAAGCUAGUAGGAAUGGAGAGAAAAUUGGAGAACUAAAGCAGUGUGCUGUUGACUAUGUGAUUAAAGCUAUUGAGAAGGGAGUAGAUCCGCUGUAUGCAUAUUCUGACGCGCUCCUGGAAACAGAAGACUAUUAUCAGAUAGCUUGCAGUAAGGAGCUCCCCGGCACUCAGAGGCAACAACCCCGCCAGCACUAUCGCGACUUUCAGGGGCGUCACGGGAAGUCUGAAGACACUGCUACCCAGUGUGAUUUGGAGGGUUUGCCCACAGGCACAAAAGCAACGGAGGAAGGAAAGACGGAAUACCCACCACAGAACACCGCUGGAAAUCAGCUUCCACAAAAUGCACCGAAUUCUUGGUAUCUCCAAGGAUUAAUCCACAAGAUGAAUGACGAGCUGCAGCAGGCAAUCGAAUGUUACGAGAAGGAGCUGGGCUACCUCCUAAGGAACAGCCCCACAGGCAUAGGCAGACUUCUCCUGCCGCUGGCUGAGCUUGAAGAAGGCGGUGAGGCAGUGGGCCGGGGCCCGCACAUCCCCACUCCCAGAGUUCCCGGAACCCUGAGCGGAAACGCAGAGGAGGGAUGGGAACACAGUCAGGGAACCCGUGACACCCCGGGACUGCUUUAGGGUACAUUUUUGUAGCGUUGCUUCCUCAUGUCUGUCUCCCCUUUCCAUCCCAGCCGUGCACACCCCUCUAGCCUGUGGGCCUUACAACAAAAUUACCCAUGGACACAGGGCUUCAGGCCUGCGCGACGCUGACUCAUCCUUAGUUUGCCCUCCGUUCCUCAGAUCUCCCCCAUCUCUGUCCUUCUUACUGAGACUCUUAGCUGGCCACUGCCUGCCAACAGCUCUCCCAGACUGUGCCCCUUUGCUAUCUAGCCUUCUGGAGCCCCUGAAAGACCACCUUUGGACUAACCCCGGAAUACUCCUUAUGUCUUCCUCUUGACUUCAGCCAUGUGUUUAUAUAUAUUCUCGAUUGCGACACUCCAGUAAAUAUGUGUUCUGGAUAGUGAUGCUACAAUAAAUUUUAAAAUUGCGACUCAGGAUUGGAGAAAGUG